UGUACAAGACGCAGAGAAGGAGCUACUACACGACCCCGCGACCCCCCUCCACUGUAUCAAUUGUUCACCCUCUUCUUAACAAAGCCAAGUUACAUCACGGGUGCAAAAAAAAACGUUCCAUGUUGUACAACUGUAUCAUGCACGUGAAAUAAGAAAUGAUUGAUCCUACUCGUGACGCAGGAGCGCCGGGGUGAUUGUUUCAAGAAAUAAAGCAAUUCAGAAAAUCGCAACAAUCCACAGGUACACAACAAACUAGACGACAACUUCGAGAUUUUCCGCCCUCAGCCCUCAUCUGUUCUCGCUUGAUUAACGACCAUAGCGGGUUCGGCUUUCUUUUCCCUCAUGACGAAAGAACUGCAGCCACCAUCCGAGACAACACCUGCGGAGCGGCACGAGAUUUUUUGUAAAAUGAAGGUCUGGUCGUGGUCCAGGAGUUGCACCACUGUAUAACAUCCAUACAACCUGUAUAACUGUACUUGACGGAGAUAACGUCGUAGUUAAGUACACAAGAACCAGCAACCGCGUUCAUCGACUUGCAGCCUGCACCACUAUUUGUCCUCGACGACGUAAAUUCCAGUCGCUUUUCAAAGAAAAAGUUGGACGAUACUAAGGUUGCCGACGAGCUGUUUCGGGAACUUCUAAAAGGCCGAACGAAGUAACGGAAUAAUGAACAACAGUAAAGAAGAUGAUGACGAGCAGCCGGCGCCGGCGGUUUCUUAGUUCCGUCGCGCUCCAGCAAGACUCUGGGCAACUUUCCCGCUCCAGGAAAAAAAAAAAUGUAGGCGGGGCAAGAAGUCGAAAAUCAUAGUUGUUUGGAACAAGGAGAAAAACAGCAACAAAGGACCUGUGGUUAAUGUUGACAUAAAAGUUGAAGUUGUUUUGGUCUGUUUUGCUUGUAACCCAAGUUUAUUGUCGCUUUGAUGUUGCUCUUGUAGUCGCGCUUGAUGCGUGGUGCGAGGACACUAAAAUUUUCAUCUUCUCGCAACAACAUGCUGAAAACUGUACUGAAAAUUUUCACACCUGAAAAAUGAGAGUAAAAAAAUCAAAGCAAAGAGUCUUUGUUGAUCGAUAAGGACGGAGCCAGGAGCCGGGUG